AUGUCCCAGGAUUAUGCUUCAGUACAGGGACAAGCAAGUGAACCAUUCCUUCAAUCAUUACAUGGUCAACCUCCUCUUGAGUCAUAUGGUCAGACAUCCUGGUACGUGGGAAAUCUAGAAGAAGCCAACAAAACCCUACUUGUUGCUGAAGCUAUUGUAAUUGCUGUCUCCGUUAAGUACGGGCUAUUCUCAGAAAGACCUAAACUUGCAUGUUACGAGGACUCUUGGGUUGCACUUAAGUACGUGGUGUCACAUGUUAAUGGAGACGGACCUGAACCAUGGUUCAAUGAUUAUGUAGAUUUUGAUCGUGUCUUUAUCGGUGGAGAUAGUGCUAAAGGGAACAUAGCUCAUAAUUUGGCUGUUCGAGUUGGGACAGAUGGGUUACCUGAAGUGAAAUUGGUUAGGGUGAUUAUGGUGCACCCGUUUUUUGGUGGUACGGCAGAUGAUCAAAUGUGGCUAUAUAUGUGUCCGAAGAAUAGUGGAUUGAAUGAUCCUAAAAUGAGACCUGGUAAAGAGUAUCUAGCUAGGCUAGGUUGUGAGAGGAUGUUGAUAUUUGUGGCUGAGAAAGACCAUCUUUUUGUUUUGGGUAAGCGUUACUAUGAGGGAUUGAAGAAGAGUGGGUGGGGAGGAAAUGUAGAGAUUGUUGUGAAUUUAGGGGAGGUGCAUUGUUUCCAUUUGCUUGACCUCAAAUAUGAGAAGGCUAUGGAUUUGAUUAAAAAAUAUGUUUCUUUCUUAAUUAAAGAGUAA